CCAUAAAGUUACACUACCUGUUUUGGUCCUUUGCAAUCAAUGUGUCUCUUUUUUUAUUUCAUUGCAUAACCAAAAAAAAAAAAACAUAACAACAAAAUAAAAUAGAAAUACCGCCCUUUUGUGUUACUAUUGCCCCAGUUUCUCCUUUGAUUUUGCUUUCAUAAUAAAAGUUCCACUUUUAGCUUUCCUUUUUCUCAAACACUAAUUAAUCCUUCAAUAAAGAUUCUAACUUUUUAUUUGCUCUAGCAAAUUUACAGACUUCAGAUUUCUUCAACUUUAGUUUUUCUGUAAUGGGGUUUCUUUAAAAAUGAAAAUUUUCAUCUUGGUUUUUUUAUUUUAUGAAACUUUUAUUAAAAGGGUUUCUUCCAAAAUGCAAAAUGUCAUCUGGGUUUUUAGAAUUUUGUAAUUAGAUUUUGUUUGCUUUUCUGGAUGUUCAUUUUCAUAACCACGUUUUUUCUCUUAAAUAUCAAAAGUUUUCAUCUGGGUUUUAGAAUUUUUGCAACAUUCCCUUGAUGAUUUCCACCUUUUCUUACAUGGGUUACUCCAAAAAUGAAAAUUUUCACCUGGAUUUUUGACAAUUUUGCAUUUAGAUUUUGUUUCCUUAUCUGGGUGUACAAUUUCACGGCCACAUUGUUUCAUCUAAUUCUGGAAAGUUAACUACACUUAGAGAGGAAAAAUGUGCUCAAUUCUAAGAGAAAACUCAAAAAAUGUGAAAAUUUCAAGAAUUUGUUUCACUAUUUUGCUAGUUGGUUUUGUUACAAUAGUGAGUUCCGAGCUCCCUGAUCAAACCACAAUGUUUGCAAUAAAUGAAGAAAUUGGGGUACCAGGUUGGGGUGUUAACAGCUCAGAUUAUUGCAAUUGGAGAGGUAUUGUUUGUAGUUCAAACCAAACUGUUGAAGUUCUUGAUCUUUCUAGCCGUUGGCUUAGAGGUAACAUCACUCUAAUUUCUGACCUUAAAGCAUUGAAAUGGUUAGACUUGUCUAGUAACUAUUUUUCUGGGCCAAUUCCUACUGUUUUUGGUGAUUUAACUGAGCUUGAGUUUCUUGAUUUGUCAUCAAACAAGUUUGGAGGUUUUAUUCCUAUUGAGUUCGGCCGAAUUCAGAAUCUUAGAGCAUUGAACCUUUCUUAUAAUUUUCUUGUUGGUGGGAUGCCUGAUGAGCUUGCAGGGUUAGUAAAAUUGCAGGAAUUUCAGGUGUCUGGUAACAAGUUGAAUGGUUCAAUUCCUAAAUGGGUUGGGAAUUUAACCAAUCUUAGAGUUUUUUCUGCUUAUGAGAAUAAUUUAGGUGGAGAAAUCCCAGACAGUUUGGGUUCAGUUUCUGAACUCAAGCUGUUGAACCUUCACUCGAAUUUGCUUGAUGGGCCUAUACCAGAGAGGCUGUUUGCUAAGGGAAAGCUGGAGUCUUUGGUGCUUACUCAGAACAGGUUGACAGGAACAAUUCCUGAACUGAUAGGGAAUUGUGAUAAUCUUUCGAGCAUUCGAGUUGGAAACAAUAAUCUCAUAGGCAGUAUUCCGAAAAGUGUUGGGAACAUAACUAGCCUUACAUAUUUUGAGGCUAACAAUAAUAAUCUUUCGGGUGAGAUAGUAGUGGAAUUUGCUCGUUGCUCUAAUCUGAGUCUUUUGAACUUGGCUUCCAAUGGGUUUACCGGGAUUAUUCCUCUUGAACUAGGGCAGCUCAGUAAUCUGCAAGAGUUGAUAUUUUCAGACAAUAGCCUGUUUGGGAAUAUACCAGAGUCGGUUCUUCGUAAUAGAAAUCUUAAUAAGCUUGAUCUUAGCAACAACGGAUUCAAUGGCACCAUACCCGUUGAUGUAUGCAACACCUCUAGGCUGCAGUUCUUGUUAUUGAGUCAAAACUCUAUGAGAGGAGAAAUACCCCAUGAGAUUGGGAAUUGUGUUAAGUUGCUGGAUUUGCAGUUGGCUAGUAAUUAUUUGACUGGCACAAUUCCUUCUGAAAUUGGCCGUCUGAAGAACUUGCAGAUAGCGCUGAAUUUUAGCUUCAACCAUCUCCACGGACCUCUUCCUGUUGAGUUAGGGAAGCUCGACAAGUUGGUUUCAUUGGAUGUGUCAAAUAAUAGACUUUCUGGUGCAAUACCAUCAGCACUCAAAGGCAUGCUGAGUUUGAUAGAAGUUAAUUUCUCAAACAAUCUGUUCACUGGCCCUAUACCUGCUUUUGUACCAUUUCAGAAAAGCCUAAAUACAAGCUUUUCAGGAAAUAAAGAUCUAUGUGGUCAGCCGUUGAGUUCAUCUUGUGGCAAUGGAGAUGAUCAGGACAACUAUCCUCACAAGGUUUCUUACAGGAUUGUAUUAGCCGUUAUUGGUUCUGGUUUGGCAGUCUUCAUUUCUGUCACGGUGGUGGUUCUGCUGUUCAUGAUGAGGGAAAAACAAGAAAGUUCAGCCAAAGACAUAGCUAUUGUGGAUGAUAGUGCUAAUAGCAAACCGCUGAUAACUGCAGGCAAUAUCUUUGUUGAAAAUUUCAGGCAAGCUAUAGAUUUUGAUGCUGUUGUUAAGGCAACUUUCAAGGAUACAAACAAGAUUAGCAGCGGAACUUUCAGCACAGUCUACAAGGCAACCAUGCCAUCAGGGCUCAUUCUCUUGGUUAGAAGUCUUAAAUCGGUGGAUAAGACCAUAAUUCACCACCAGAACAAGAUGAUAAGGGAGCUUGAAAGGUUGGGAAGAAUAAACCAUGAUCAUCUGAUGAGACCUCUCGGGUUUGUAAUCUAUGAGGAUGUUGCCCUUUUGAUUCAUGAAUACACGUGCAAUGGAACUUUGUUUCAACUUCUUCACGAGAAUACCAAGAAACCAGAGUAUGAACCCGACUGGCCUACUAGGCUCUCCAUUGCCAUUGGAAUAGCAGAAGGUUUGGCAUUUCUUCACAGUGUAGCUGUUAUUCAUCUUGAUAUCUCUUCAGGUAACAUAGUUUUGGAUGCAAAUAUGAGUCCUCGAGUUGCUGAGAUUGAGAUUUCAAAGCUCCUAGAUCCUUCCAGAGGAACUGCAAGUAUCAGUGCAGUUGCAGGCUCAUUUGGUUAUAUCCCCCCAGAAUAUGCAUAUACAAUGCAAGUUACUGCACCAGGAAAUGUGUACAGCUAUGGUGUCAUCUUGCUUGAGAUUCUCACAACACAUUUACCUGUCGAGGAGGCGUUUGGUGAGGGAACAGACUUGGUGAAGUGGGUUCAAAGUGCUCCUAUGAGGGGAGAAACGCCAGAACAGAUACUUGAUGCAAGACUUAGCACGGUGUCAUUUGCUUGGCGAAAAGAAAUGCUUGCAGCUUUAAAAGUUGCUUUACAUUGCACAGACACUACGCCUGCUAAAAGACCCAAGAUGAAAAAAGUCAUUGAAAUGCUUCAAGAGAUUAAAAUUUAGAAGUUCCACUUUUGCUCUUUACAAAUCCGUAGAUUUGUUAUCCGAGCAUAUAAUAUCAUCACUAGUAUAUUAUCACUAGAUUUUCGAUAAGAAUUAGUCCCUUAGGUUUAUAUUGAUGGGCAUGUAUUACUUGGUAAUUCUGUAUAAUCUGCUCCAUAAUUGUGUGAUCCAUAUCUCACAGUAUGUAAUGCAGAGUUUCAAGGAAAUGAUUAUAAUCUCACAAUCUUUCUAAGCA